CGGGCCGCCUAGUGGCGGCGGUGCGCGCAUGCGGCCUGCCCAGCGCGGUGGCGGUGCGUGCAGGGCCCGGGACGCGCGCUCCACAGCGUCCCCGGUGCUCGGGCCCCUCAUGGCCAAGCGGCGCGCGGAGCCGUUAGUGUGCCACGUGCCCGUCAAACGGCUCCCACGCGAGCCGCCGUUCUCCCGCGCUGUCGCGCCCGAGCGGCACUGCCGGGGCGAAGCGGCAAGCGCCAGCCCCGCCGCCCCGAAGCGGAGGCUGGAGGAGGCCGAGGCGCCGCCGGGCAAGCGGCCCGCGCCGCGGGGGAGCGGCCCCCGCGGGGAGCAGGGGGAGGCGGGGGGCAGGCGGCGGCGGCGCGGCGGGACCGUGGCGCCCCAGGACGAGCGGACGGCGGAGGGACAGGGCGCCGGUGGCCGGGGCAAAGAGCGGGCUUCCGCCGCCGCUGAGCAAGAAGAUUUCUGUCAGUAUAACUCAUUCCUGUAUUGGAGAGCACCAUUGCCUACUAUUGAUUUAUCUGAUAUUCAGAACAUAGAUGGAGAGACUCCACCAGAAGCUAAAACUCCUUCAAGGACUGAUGCCAUGGAGACUGAAAUGGAGACCUGAUCAAUUGUUUCAUAGUUGUGCAUCGACUCUCAGGAAACUUGUUUCUGUUUGGAUUCAGGUGUUUCUACUUGGGAGGAAAAUAAGCAUGCUUCUGCCUUCUUGAAGAAACAGUGUUAUGUCAGUCUGCAAAAGCAAGUCUGAGUUCUCUAAGUGGGUGGGAUAAUCACUAUUAGGUACUUAACAGUAAGGUGUCUGGAGGUGUACAGUGUGGAGGAGGCUAUGACGUCUAGCAAGAAUGCUUGAAAACGUAGAGGCAGGCUAAAAGAAGAAUACAGAAAAUUAAGACUUUGGGAAGCAAUUAAAAGAAACAGAUGGAUACGUUACAUGUUGAAAGCAAAUGGAAAAUCAUUUUGUCUGUCCUGAAAAAAAGGUGUAAUUGUGGUAGCUGAAAUGGAAAUAUUUAUCAUGUGAAUUUAUCAUAAAGCACACAAACUGUAGUGACUUUUAAUGUGUUUUUUUUUUUUCUAAUAGCUAAACCAAAAAAUCAAAGCCUACCAAAAACAGGCAAAACAUUCCCUUUCCUAUGCAGACUAAAAACAAGUGUGGCAGGGAGGGGAAAGGAAAAGGGGAUCUUUUCUUCUGUAAGCUGCCAUUGUUCUGCAAGUUUUUCACAUUAUCCUUUACCUACACCUUUUCCUGUUACCCAAAGCAGUGGGAAGCCAGCUUUUAGGUUUUUGGUCCAUUCUCAAGUUAAUGCUGUUCUUAUUUGUGAUGGUGGCUCUGAACCAGUCAGUAGCAUCAAAAUGGCAGGUGUGCGCAGCUGUGUCAAGAAAAGUUAAUGAAUAUAAAAUUACCACAUACACUUUUUCAAACUUAACUAAGGUAGAGUUUUUGCAGAGAUUAUGAAUCUUGCAAAAAAUUUUCACAAGAGUUAAUUGAAUUAGUGUUUUUUGCUGUGAAAUAUGAACUUAAUGCUUGUCUUUUGUAAUUUAUUUACAAGUUGAAGUACAAUUAGAAAUACUUGUCUUUAGUAGACUGAAGUUAUAUGGGCAGACUGUCAGACUUUGCAAAUAUGACUUGUCUUUUGGGAUAGCAAACACUGUAUUUUUGCUGGAACCAUUGAAGAAGGCAACUUGUGAGUUUUUUUUUUAAUUUUUUAUUUUUUAACAUAAUGUAUUUGUUAAAGGACAAUAAAGUUUUGCCUGUGGGCAUUUGAAAACCUUGGGACUA